GUCCACCUCCAGGGCUGUUCCUCUACCUUCCGGACCGCGGUGUCCCAGCCUGGCUGCACGCGUGGAGGGAACCGCAGCCUCUCUCCAGGCUUCCUUCCUCUGCCUUCCUGCUUGACCUAAGAAGAACCCUCCCGGUGAGGGCUGGAGCCACGGACCCUUUGGAGACAGAGGCAGCCCGGGGAGCGCCGCAGGAGAGCAGGCCCUGGCAAGAGGCGGUGAUGCUGGGGGGCUCUCUCUGGGGCUGUGCACCCCCUGCGUUAAGUGGGGAGAGGCGUGCUGGGGGGCUGCAGCUGCUACUCCUGCUGGUCCUCUCAGGCUGGGUUUGGGCUCAGCAGCCACAACUGCAAACUGCCCAUUGCCCUGCUCCAUGUGAGUGCUCUGAGGCAGCCCCAAUAGUGAAGUGCAUCAACAAGAACUUGACAGAGGUGCCGCCUGAGUUGCCGCCUUUCGUGCAGGGCCUCUUUCUCCCCAGUAACUGCAUCAGGAACCUCUCCUCUGCCUCCUUCCUCUCCACCUCUCUCUCAGAGCUCAGCAGCCUCAGCCUGAGGGGCAACCGGCUGACAUGGGUGGGUGCUGGGACGUUUGCUGGGCUGCCCCGCUUGAAGCAGUUGGACCUCAGCGAUAACUCGCUCACUUGGCUCAGCCCCGUGGCCCUGGGCAAUGCCAGCAGCCCCUUGGAGGAACUGGACCUGAGCAGCUCCCUCUACAACAACAGUUUUGUGCCCCUCGUGGCUCAGCUGCUCCAGACAGGCACGCUUCUCAACUUGAGGCACCUGGACCUGUCGGAUAACAAUCUGGUUUAUCUGCCGGCCAGCAUGUUCUCCGCGCUGCCCAAUCUGGAGCACCUGGACAUGCAUAACAACUCCCUGGUGAGUUUGUGUACUGUGUCCUUUGGGAGCCUCCAACAGCUGCAGAGUUUCAACCUCGGCAGCAAUGCUUUCAAGACCCUGAGGAAUGACACCCUCCUGCAGCUGCAGGGCCUCCCUUCGCUGGUCCUCAAUCUCAGCUGCAACCCCUGGGUGUGCGACUGCCACAUUGAGGACUUGGUGAACUGGCUGAAGGAGAGCAAGCAGGUGGAGGCCAAAGGGGCCCUCAAGUGCUCCCAUCCCCAGGAGUUGCAAGAGCGCUCUUUAGUGAGCAUCAAUGUGUCGGAGCUCAGCUGCCCCCUUCCAAUCGACGACCAGACCCCACUGCAGACUUCUUAUGUCUUCCUUGGAAUAGUCCUGGCCCUCAUUGGUGCCAUUUUCCUCCUGGUUUUAUAUUUGAACCGAAAGGGGAUCAAAAAGUGGAUGUAUAACAUCAGGGAUGCCUGUAGAGACCACAUGGAGGGCUAUCACUACAGGUACGAGAUCAACACAGAUCCCAGGUUAACAAACCUGAACUCCAACUCAGAUGUCUGAAGAAGCGCCAUGGGGCAGUGGGCCUGAUGUGUAAUAGCCAUGCAUGAAAUGUAGACUCUAACUUUAUCCCUUCCCUCCACCUGCUUUCUGCCCCCUUUCCACCUAGACAUCAGAGACUUCACAUGUGCAGAGAAUUAUGCCUCCCUGCACAACAUUCACAUUAUUGUGAUUAUGAAUGUGGUGCAUGGUAUCAGGCUGUAUGUAAGAAAGUUGCUACCUUCCAGCCUGUUUCCUUUGCAACUCACUACCAGUUCAUGGCUGGAUAUUUCUCAAUAUCUAAAAGAUAAGAAACCUUUUCCUCUUUGUUUCCCCCUCUGAUAUUUUCCAAGCAUGAGCGCGUAUUAAAAAGUACCAUUCAACAAAGACUGCCUCAACUUUUUUUGAGAGAAAUGUUUUACUGAUUGCUAGAAGGUUGUCUUUAUGCCUUAUAAUUGUGAAGAUGUCUAUAGAUUACAUACAGAUUUAGAAAAGCGGCUUGUACAAACAAGAACAAGCAUGCAAAUACUUGAUUUUACUUGGCUAAGGGAAAAGCCCUUAGCUCAAGUCAAAAUCAAAUCCUUAGUCAAGCAGAAUCAAGUAUUUGCAUACUUGCCCUUUACUUGCUUAUUUGUACAAACCACAUGUAUGGUUUUGCUUUUGGUAAAAGGUAACAAGCAUUUGCAAUUUAUGUGAAAACUGGUAUUUUUAAGGAACCCUCACCUCAUAUAAAUUGCAUGUGAACUGAGUUUGCACUGUUAAACAAUUCAAUAAAUGUUCUUACAUGGGUUUCUGUUUUGCUGAACCUGGCUAUUAUCCUCUUAUAAUAUGGAAAAUAAGCCCACGACAGGAUAAAGGUAUUUUCCUUUUUGAUAAAAAUU